GUGGCUUAGAUGUGCAUAUUGGGGAGAAGGAGGAGAUGCUCGUGGGGGAGAUGGGACGGCGUAUAAGAUGUUUGGAUGAUCUCUGAGGAUCUGUAGCGGCUGCUUUCUCAUUUAUGAUACUUUAUAUCUAUUAUAUUGAUCCAGGAGAGAACAGAGGACAUAAUCUUAUAGAACUCGUCAUUUGACGGUGCAUUUAAUCAUGGCAGAAAUAGUUGGAAUAGUCUCUGGCGCUUUUGCAUUCCUUCCAGCUUUGAAAUAUAUCUAUAAAUUCGGCAAAAAGUUCGACGAGCUGCGGCGUCAACUAAAAUUUGCGAGAUACCACUUGAAGAAUAUCUCGAAGGAGUCUCAAAUGUUCGGUGAUAUCAUGAAAAGAGUGUAUUACGACACAGCUGGUCAUCCUGACCUGAAGGAGGGGAGCGGAAAAGGAGAUAAGAAUAUGAAGAAGCUGCGCCAGAAGCUUAUGGACGAAACGUCGAAUAUUUAUGAACAGAUCAAGUCAUUCCUUCAUCGAGUCAAGGAUAUUGCAAAAUUGAGUGGAAGAUCUGGGGUUUGGCGAAACUUUCACACCGCAAAGGCUCUGUGGCGAUGGCUAAGGGAACGAACCUUGUUCGAUUAUACCUUGCGAUUCGUGCAAUUGGUAAAGUCCUCGGCUGAUAUCUUUCUGAGCCUCUUAAUAUUUCGUGACUUGAGGGCUCUUGCAAAAGAACCUGAACUUGUAAAAUAUGAUCUGAUGCGCAGCUUACAAUUAUGCAAGGCAGAUCUUCGAGCAAAGAGAAAAUCACAAAAGAAGUUGCAAAAGGAAAUGAAAGAUCUUGAGGUUGAGCUCGUCAAGACCGAACUUCCCUUCUCUGCUCCUUCGGCAGAUGCGUUGCAACUUGGAGAUGAGUUGAGAAAACUAGCCAAGCGCGAAUUAAGACGGGAAAGAAAUGAAAGACGGGAAAGAGGAUCCAAUGUGGCUGAAGAAUCCACUGGCUCUUCAUCGAGCGGGCCGUCUCUGGAGACGCCGACAAGUGUUCCAUCUCCGCAGCCCCCGCGACCCCACCCCGGGUCGAUAGUAUCGGAGAACGCUCGAUCGUCAAAGGCUUCAAAUUCCGGUCACGUUCGAGGCUCUCAGGAGCAAAAUCAAGAAUUAUGGAUCGUACCAUCAGAUAUAGUAAUUCUUCCAGAGACACCACAUGCCGCAGCCGACAAUCCAACCGAGAUGGAGAUUAGGCCACAAACAGUGCCAUCAGCUCCUCCAUCCACGGCGAGAUCACCCUCGCCGUCUUAUCCAAAUGUUAACGUCAGGCCCAUCGGGGGUGUGCCCACGGCUCUCUUCAGGUCCCCAGAGAGUCAGCAGGGAACGCAGCCAGACAGAACCAGAAGUCCCUCCGUCGAGGAAGGAUACGUUCAUGAUAACGGCGAGACCGUAGAAGACGGUUACCGCAGAGGAAGACGCCGGAGUUCGAGAAGUUCUUAAGUUCUUCCGUUGGCAGUUGAAAUAUAAGAAGAUGCUGAAAUAAUACCAAGGUUUUCGGACUGUAGCCUGUUGGAAGGGGGGGGUUCUUUUCUUUUGAAGCGUUCUGGCCUUUGGAAAUUUGUUUUGUAU